AACAACACACCCAGUUGGCUUGAUAAGAACUUUGGUUACAUUAAGCAAUGGAAUCUGAGACUCAGACGCUUCUUUCGCGAAACGCUGUUCCAAUAAUAGAUUUGGAAAACUCCGUUGAAAACGUUUCCCAAAAUCUCCGAAAGGCUCUUUCUGAUAAGGGUUAUGCAUUGCUUAUCAACCACGGAAUUUCAGUGGAGAAGAUUAAGACUGCAUGGAAAUAUUUCGAUGAUUUUAUUGAACUGCCUGAUGAGGUGAAAUCAAUCUACGAACGCAGCAAGGCUCUAGAUGCUGAAAAUCAUGGUUACGUGAGUCCCGGAAUGGAAAGAUUUGAUGGCAGGACUCCGGAAUUUCGUCAUGCAUAUAACAUUUGCAAGUUGGAGCCUGAGUUUCUUCCAGAAAAUCAGCUUCCCGGAUUUACGAAUCACAUAAACUCAUUAACAAAUGACUUUAAUGAGUUGGGUAGAUUUAUUCUUCAGGCUUUGGCACUUUCCCUUGAUGUUAAGCCUUCGUUUUUCCUCGACAAGCACUCUUAUAUGUUAUCAGAUGAUAGGUAUAAUCUCACCACCUUGAGGAUGCUUUAUUACCCUCCGGUGGUUGAUCAAGAUCCUGGAAAAGUGAUCCGAUGUGGUGCCCAUGCCGACUACUGUACAUUCACCCUGCUUGCCCAGGAUUCCGAAGGUGGAUUGGAAGUCAAACUGAGGGGCAGUGAGAAGUGGGAGCGAGUGGGUCAUCUUCCUGGAGCACUCUUCAUAAACUGCGGCGAAACCAUGGCCUUGUGGACAAACCAACGCUACCACGCCUUGCAACAUCGAGUGGUGGUUCCUGAUCAAGGGAAUAAGCGUCAGCAAGGCAGACAUUCAAUUGCAUACUUCUGUCAUCCUGAUAGCUCAACUCUUAUAGAUCCGAAGGAGUUGAAACCUUCAGAAAAGGUUUCAGAACAGCCCAGGAUUUAUAACGCUUAUGAUUUAACUAUGGAGUUGGCAAGAGCCGCCUAUGGACAUAACUACUCGUAGAAAAUAAAUAUUUUGAAAUCAUAAAUGAAAGUAAAUUUUAAAAUAUUGUCAAUGUUGUGUAGUUACCAUCCAAAUGUAUAAACAAUACUUGA